CGGCCGCGGCGGGGCUGUGCCUCACUGCAGCCCAGCGCAGGCCGCGGAGCCGGGGCGCUGCAGCCGAGAGCGCGGGCGUGGAGCGCGGCGGGCCGGCGCCGGGAGUACCGUUGAAGAGAAGUGUCUCUGAGUCUUCAGGCCUUCAGAGGCCCUCAGAGCUAGUAAGUGAGACUGCACGUGGGAGAACAGCCCCUGUUCCUUCAUCAGAGGAAGCUUGCCAUUGCUAUGGAUACCGAAUCCACGUAUUCUGGAUAUUCCUACUAUUCAAGCCACUCAAAAAAAUCUCACAGGCAAGGGGAAAGAACAAGAGAAAGACACAAAUCACCACGGAAUAAAGAUGGCAGAGGGUCAGAAAAGUCUGUCACCAUCCAGGCUCCCACUGGAGAACCCCUGCUGGCAAAUGACUCUGCCUGUACCGGCACAGAGGAAGUUCAGGAUGACAACUGGGGAGAGACCACCACAGCCAUCACGGGCACCUCAGAGCACAGUAUAUCCCAGGAGGACAUUGCCAGGAUUAGCAAAGACAUGGAGGACAGUGUGGGGCUGGACUGCAAGCGCUAUCUCGGCCUCACCGUUGCCUCGUUCCUUGGACUACUCGUCUUCCUCACCCCCAUUGCCUUCAUCCUGCUACCCCAGAUCCUGUGGAGGGAGGAGCUGAAACCCUGUGGCGCCAUUUGUGAGGGACUUCUCAUUUCCAUGUCUUUCAAACUGCUUAUCCUGCUCAUCGGAACCUGGGCACUUUUCUUCCGAAAGCAAAGAGCAGAUGUGCCGCGGGUGUUUGUGUUCCGAGCGCUGUUAUUGGUCCUUAUCUUUCUUUUUGUGGUUUCUUAUUGGCUUUUUUAUGGGGUCCGAAUUUUGGACUCUCGGGACCAGAAUUACAAAGACAUCGUGCAAUAUGCAGUCUCUCUUGUGGAUGCGCUGCUUUUCAUCCACUAUCUUGCCAUAGUCCUGCUGGAGCUGAGGCAGCUGCAACCCAUGUUCACACUGCAGGUGGUCCGCUCCACCGAUGGAGAGUCUCGCUUCUACAGCUUGGGACACCUGAGCAUCCAGCGAGCAGCCUUGGUGGUCCUGGAAAAUUACUACAAGGACUUCACGAUCUAUAACCCGAACCUCCUAACAGCAUCCAAAUUCCGAGCAGCCAAGCACAUGGCUGGCCUGAAAGUCUACAAUGUAGAUGGGCCCAGUAACAAUGCCACCGGUCAGUCCCGAGCCAUGAUUGCCGCAGCCGCUCGGCGCAGGGACUCCAGCCACAACGAGUUGUAUUAUGAAGAGGCUGAACACGAACGGAGGGUGAAGAAGCGGAGAGCAAGACUAGUGGUGGCUGUGGAGGAAGCCUUCAUCCACAUCCAGCGUCUCCAGGCUGAGGAGCAGCAGAAAUCUCCUGGGGAGGUGAUGGACCCCAGAGAGGCAGCCCAGGCCAUCUUCCCCUCCAUGGCCAGGGCACUGCAGAAGUACCUGCGUACCACACGGCAGCAGCACUACCACAGCAUGGAGAGCAUCCUGCAGCACCUGGCCUUCUGCAUCACCAACAGCAUGACCCCCAAGGCUUUCCUUGAACGAUACCUCAGUGCAGGCCCCACCUUGCAGUAUGACAAGGAUCGAUGGCUCUCGACACAGUGGAGACUUAUUAGUGACGAGGCUGUGACGAACGGGUUACGGGAUGGAAUUGUUUUCGUCCUUAAAUGUUUGGACUUCAGCCUCGUGGUCAAUGUGAAGAAAAUCCCAUUCAUUGUACUCUCAGAAGAGUUCAUAGACCCCAAAUCUCAUAAGUUUGUUCUUCGCUUACAGUCAGAGACAUCAGUCUAAAAUUUCUAUACUUGUUGCUUUAUGAAAAACAAAAGAAGAAUAUAUAAAUAGAUAUAUAUAUAUGUCCAGGGGGAAGUUCUUUUAUAAAGAUUUUUUUUUUAAUUCUUCAAUGCUGACUCAGACUGGCAGAGGAUAGACCAGUAUCCUUCGACCAUCUGCACUUUAUUUGGAAGGAAGCAGGAGAUGUCCACCCUGACAAGCGACUGGUGGCAUCUGACUUUGAUAGAUAGGACUUCUGAAGAAGCUGUUCCCUGGAGUUUCUGUGACAGCUGUAAACCAAAGUGUAACUGCUGUGUCCUCGGGAGCCUUGCCUUACAACUGGUCCCUGCCUGUGGCCCAGUACCACACCCGCCUGUACUUCUGGUCGACCCCCUCAUUGGUUCUAGGGGGACUCACUUUAUUCUGCUUCAGGAAAUCAGACACUACACACCCAAAUAUGUGUUUGUAUAUGUAAUUAUACACAUCACCACACCACCCUGGGGAGUGGUGGGCAGUCCAGGAAAUGUCCACUCGCCUGAGUCUUUGUUUUUUUUGUUGCCUUAUGUUGUGAAGAGAAAGAACCAAACAGAAAAUGCACACUGCCGGUUUGCAGCUGUUAAGUGAUUGGCUUUCCAUUUCCCAGAGAGAGAGAGCCUAUCUGCCCUGUUUCUGGCCCUGCUCCUAUGUUGGCCCGAGGCAGGUAGCCCUUCCCUAGCCCUGGGAUUGCCUACCUGGGCUUUACUCUAGUGGCCACUCUCCUGAGCAUCUGGACCACAGCUGCACCUGGUGGGCAGCCCUGGCCAGGCUAGCGUGGCGCUCCAGAGCUGACAGGGACUUGGCUUUCCAAGUGUACCCACAAGCUCUUUGCACAGCCCCUCCCACAGUCUUUCUCUGGAGAAGUAGGAUAUGACCCUGGGGAUCCAUUCAGCUGCAGCACCUCCUUUAGGCUGCAGCAAGAAUCCAUCCACCCAGUCCUCCACACAAACCAGGAGAGACCAACACUGUGACUCCCAGUUGGCAGGUGCUCCUUGUAGCCAUCCAAUUUCCCAGGGAGACAAAUAUUCACAAAGCUCAUGUGCCAAGCUAUCCUGCCACGGGAAACCAAACAAUGCCCACCACCCUGGCAACUACUGCUGUCCCAUCCCUGUGGUUUGUGACCACCACCACUGUGCAACUUACCGCAGGGAAAAUGGUUGCUCUGCCCUUGCUGUAUAAAUUACCCUUAAUUAUUGGUCAGGAAGAGAGAGGAGAAGAGUGCUGCAGAGCUGGGGAAAGGAGAGUAGGGAAGUCAGCGGUGCAGUCCAGAAGUCUCCUUCUGUCAGCAUGUUGUAGCUGGUUUCAGAGGACUAUCCCCUUGAUGUCCCAUUUGUAGACAUAGCUGCCUCCUGGCAGAGCCCUGUGCAGAGGUGUGCCCAAGGAGCCAUUUCCUGACACCUUGCAGUGAGCUAUCCUGGUCUCUGCUUGCCUAAACCUGAAGCAAUGCUCCACCAAGUCCUCUUUUCUUUCUUGGCUUCAGGGAUCUCAUUUUAGGAAAGGAGAAGGCUGGCGUCGUCUCUGUGCCUGUAUACAUGUACCCUUUCUGUUUACGCACUCCAUGAAGCACAAGAUUUUGUCUGUCAUUAAAAAAAACAAACAAACAAAAAACCAAAUUGGCAUGGAAUAUUUGUGAUACACCUGUACUUAGAAAAGCCAAUGUUAUUCUUUGUUCAGUAACUUUUAGCUCAGAAAGAUGUACUAGAGAAGAGAAGGAAGAGAAACUUGCUCAGAAAGACGUGCUAGAGAAGGAAGAAGAACUCGCUCAGAAAGAUGUACUAGAGAAGCAAGAGAAUCUCGCUCAGAAAGAUGUACUAGAGAAGCAAGAGAAUCUCGCUCAGAAAGAUGUACUAGAGAAGCAAGAGAAUCUCGCUCAGAAAGAUGUACUAGAGAAGGAGAAACCCGUAGACAAGACACAGAGCCAGGAUGUCCCAUGUUAACAGUGUGGCUCUGUUUGAGACACUCAAACAUUGUAAUUGGGUGCUUUGGUCUUAGUUUUCCGCUUUAGGUCCCUUCUACUGGAAGUUCCUCAGGAUGUCUUUCUCAGGAAAUAUUUUAGGAGCUAAGGUAAGGGGUGGGCAGUCUGUGAGAGUCUAACUAUGUGUGGAGGGUAAAGUCACAGCAUAGCGGCUCUGCUGUGAAUACCAUGUGGUUGUUAAGUGCCAUGGAUGUGUAUAAUGUAGAGUUAAGGAAACCCUACUCAGCGGCAUUUAUAAUACUGUGCUUCCAACCCUGGCUUAAAUUAUGGGUCUCCAAGGGGUUAAAUUGGAGUCAUGUGUUGGUAUGUACAUUCCCAGCAAGGCAAAGAAAGGUUUAAAUUAAGAGAUUAAUUUAUUUUCCCUCCUGACCCUUCUCCAUCUACUUUGCAUAGAACUUCAGACUUCCUGAAAUUAUUGUUUUGGUUGUAAAUUGAAUAUCGAUUUUUUUCCCAAAACGCUUAAGUUUGCAUCGAUUUCUGAAACAAAAAAACAAAAAUUAAAAGCAGGAUCCUUGGAAGUCUUUGUGCUCCCAGCAUUUUACCAGCUCUUUUCAAAGUGGAAACGGUGUGGCGGAGAGUCUGCAGAAGAAAUGCGAAGUCGCAGAGAGCUGCAUCACACAACUGAAGACAAUAAAUUGUUAUUUCAUUUCUGCAACCCUCAUAACCUACUCUUUUUAAAGGAUGUAAAUUGCUCCCCAAGGCUAGUAGGAUGCAUGAUCCUAUUAGAGGACACGGGAUUCCAUUACCUUAAAUGUUUAUAGAUUUUUCCCCCAUAACUUACAACCUAAGUUAUUAAAAUUCUAACAUUAACUGUGAAAGAACUCAGUGAAGAGUGUAGGUCUGAGAUUGCUGUCUUCCCCCUGGUGAUUUUCAUUAUCUACAAAAGUAGACAACUUUUGUUCAGAAGUGUGUGCUUUAAAAAAAAAAAGCAAUCUUUAAUAGUCCUCAAAUUGAAUGUGCAAGAAGUCUGCACCAUGGGAGCUAGAGUAGAGUUUAAGGUUAUAAGGUUCACACAUCCUUAGGUUAUCCAUGGAGUCAAAAAGGUUUUAGCUAAAGUUCACAAAGUAAGCCCCAGAGAAAAUGCUUAGCAGUCAUUUAUCACCUCCCUCCCUUCCUCUAACCCUUCCUUUUGAGAUCUGCAAGAAGACAGAUUCUUUACAGCAGAGAGUGUGAAGUCAGUGGCCUGGGUAUGUUUGCCUCAUCACAAUUCACUGUUAGGAAUAUAGGGCUUUCUAAUGAAUGGGGAGUCUGGCCAUGCAGGUGAGUCUUAGAAAGCCUUAGGGUACUCACCCUUGCCAUCCUUUGAGUCAGAGGUGGUGGUGACCAGUUCUAGUUUCUGUGUCAUAUUCUGGAGUGCAUGUAUUAAAUGCAAUAGCUUGCUUUAGUCAGAGACACUAUUGCUGUGAUGAAACACCAUGACCAAAGCAACGGAUUUAUUUGGCUUAUGCUGCCACAUCAGAGUUAAUCAUCAAGAAAGUCAGGACAAGAACUUAAGUAGGGUAGGAACCUGGAGGCAGGAGCUGGAGGCAGGAACAUGGAGGAGUGCUGCUUACUGGCUUGCUUCUCAAGGCUUGCUCGGUCUGCUCCCUUAUAGUCCCAGGACCAAAAGCCCAGGGAUAGUCCUAUCCACAGUGGGCUGGGACCUCCUCCAUUGAUUACUAAUUAAGAAAAUGCCUUAUAGGCCUACCUACAGACCAAUCUUACAAAGGCGUUUUCUUAAUUGGAGUUCCCUCCUCUCUAACUGUAGCUUGUGUCACAUUGACAUAAAACUAUCCAGCACACAGCUCUGUCUUGUGAGUUCCUACCAACAUACUGGACUCAUGGAAAUUAAUCACCCACCCUCCCCACUGACAAUCAUUGAUCCUGUGAACCAACAGAGUGGAGACCCUGGUUUGCCCGCCAGCCAUGGCCCUGCCGCGAAAGACUCCCUACAGGUAAAUGCAAAUCAGGGAAAGGGAGAACUUUUUCCCACCUGAAUUUCUCUGACUGUGUGUUGCCAUGUUUGCAUGCUGACAGUCAUAACAUCCAUGUGACCAGUGACAGGUCGUUGUGUGUCUCGUUUGUACAUGUGUGUAUGGCUGAGCCUGUGACUCUACUUCUCUGUUCAAGACCGUUCCUCAGAGUUGGCUCCUUUACUCCUUAUACUGGCUUCUCCACGAAGACCUGUCUGUAGGUGCCUGUUGUCACCUUGUAGGCACCCAUUAAUUUCUUUCUUGCAUCGGGAUCUCUAAGACCUACAAACAGCAAGAAACAAGACUGAAAAAGGGCAAACUUGGGGGGAGGGGGUGUUUACUGUUCAAAUUCACUACCCUGGAAGCCUCCCGUGCACUAAUUUAAUGCAACCUUUAAAAGAAACAACCAAUGAUUAGUUAUUAAAAUUGACAGGAAUGUCUCUAUGAUCAUUUAGAGAGCCCUGCAGCAGAGACCCUACGAUUAUAAUGCAGCAUAAUGUAUUUCUGGGUAAUGUUUGCUCUUUAUGGAUCUUGUUACAUCAGAAAAACAAACAAAUCGCUACUGUGAACUUACUAAUAUGUAACCUUAUAUCCCAUUAUAAAUAAAACAUGCCUUGUUUUUAA